UGGCAGUAAAAGAGGUUAGUAGCUCCCUCCUAAAUCCAGCAGCCACCAUUGCCGUUGAGAUAGAGAGCCCUAAACCUGGUAAACUACCAUUGACACUCACGUGCCAAUAACACCUCUCUCUUACAACAAACAGAAACCAGAUAUAUAUACAUACAUACAUUUACAGAAACUGCUCUUCCUCCUAUCGUGGAAGAAUAAAAAAAAAACAAAAAACCCUAAACGAGCCAAAAAAAGAAUAAAAUUCCCUUUCUUCCUAGCUGAAAACCCUAUAUAUUCCUCUGGGGUUUUGUAUUCUCCAUCUCUUAUUUCUGCGGCGUUGCAUUGUUUCCUCAGAUUUUACCUUUAUUCUUGCAUUAGUUCUGAGAAGGCCUAUAAACAGUUUUGCUCGGAUCGGGCAGCUCAUGUCGGGAGGUCCUAUGGCGAUCGUCAAACCAGAGAUGAAGUCAUACAUCUGGCUCCAAACAGCUGAUGGUUCAAUCCAACAAGUGGAGCAAGAGGUUGCCAUGUAUUGCCCUGUGAUAUGCAGGGAAGUAGCUCAAAACAGCACGGGAUCCUCGAAAAAUAAUGCAGUUGUACUUCCUGAACGAGUCAAUGCUGCUGUCUUAGGGUUAAUACUGGAUUUUUGUCGGUUCCAUCAAGUUACUGGCCGUUCUAAUAAGGAGCGCAAGAUUUUUGAUGAGAAGUACAUCCGGUUAGAUACCCAGAAGUUAUGUGAAUUGGCUUCUGCUGCUGACAGCCUUCAACUAAAGCCUGUGGUUGACCUUACAAGCCGUGCACUUGCUAGGGUGAUUGAAGGCAAAACUCCCGAAGAAAUACGUGAAACUUUCCAUUUGCCUGAUGAUCUAACAGAGGAGGAGAAGUUGGAGCCUUUGAGAAAUAUGACGGAUGAUCCACGUAUCCGCCUUCUAAAUCGACUCUAUGCAAAAAAAAGAAAAGAAUUGAAUGAGAGAAAGAAACUAAAGAAUGUUGAGGUGGAAGAACAGCAAGUUGUAGAUGAAAGAUCCGUUGAUGAUCUUUUGUCAUUCAUAAAUGGUGGAGAUGGAGACUCAAAGGGAGUGAGAGAAACAAAAAAUAAAAAGAAAACUCGAGGGAGAAAAGAACAAGCUAGAAACAAUUCUUCAAAUAAUGAAGCUGGAAACUGUAAUAAGGAAUCUAGUUGCCUUGCAUCUGGCUGCCUAAAUGGUGAUAUCAGCGACAUGUCUUCUCUGAGUAGAAAUUCAAAGCUGCAAAACUCGGCAUCUGCAACGUUUCCAUCUAAACUCGACUUUGAUGACUUUGAUAUGGAUGAUGAGUUAGAUCCAGUAAUGCAGGAAAAAAUUGACAGGGAGGUUGAGGAUUUUGCUCGGCGACUAAACUGUGACUGGCCGGAGAUUUUGUCUUUGGCUCCAGAGAGGAGGCUUGGACCAAUUUCCAUGAAUGGAAAUGGUUCCUUGAAGAGAUGUACAGCAGGUGUGGACCGAGGAUAAUGGUGGAUAAUGCGUCUUUUAGAUUCAGCUUGAGCUUAACAUGCCAGCGUGUCUGUCUCCGCUGUUUGCAACGAUGGCUGGUAAUGUUUUGUUGUUCAUUGCAUGUAAAGUUCUACCCUCUUGUCAAGCUGCCAAAAGUGAGUUCUUGUCGCUGUUUAAGCCGAGUGCUCAAAAGUGUAGGGAAAUAUCAAGAUAGAAGGAAAGUUUUCGUUGUUUGUGGUUUAUGGUAACUUGCAUUGCAUUUGCCAUGCAUUUCCAGACACUGAGAUACAGUUUCCAAUUUUGCAAUAGAUUCCAGAUUUCUUUAAACCUGGUUUUCUAUCUUCUCUGAUUUGGUUCAAAUGGCUGUUGUAAUUCCCCCCGCCACCCCUUUGCUUUAUUUUAUUUCAUUUCAUUUUUUAUUUAAAUUUGCUUUUGCCUUUUCCCCUUAAAAGAAAUGUAUAAUGACCAUUUCUCUCAUGAAAUGGCUGCAUACCUCACUGACACCAGGGUGUAUAACUGUAUAUUAUGUACAAAAAAUAGAUAUCGUGCUUGUGUU